CGCGCGCCGCGCCCCGGGAAGGGAAGCUAUGGAGCUACUAAUAGGGGACUCUACUACCACAUGCCUUUCUCCCUCAGUAUAUGAUAUGAUUUGUAAACUUGGGUUUGAACUCAGAGUAAAUUGUGACAUCAAUAGCAUCAUAACACAAGAUGGUAAAGUAUGCUGGAAAGCAAUCACAGACUGUGUAAGCUAUAUAGACUCAGACCAGGGUCUGGAUUACUGGGGAAGUGUGAGGCUGCUUGGGCCUGUGUGUGAGGCCAUCCACUUACAUUUCUUAUCUCUGACCAAGGAGCAGUUUGAAAUUCAAUAUGCACUGUGGUUUCAGUGGACAGAUUUUCCAGAGUUAUUUCCUGAAAUAUUUGAUGCCUUGAAAAGUCUACAAUCAACUGCUAUUUCUCUUAGCUUAAUGAAACUGACAUCAUGUCUAGAACGAGCCUUGGGUGAUGUAUUUGUAUUGAUGGGGAAGGAAUGUCCCUUUCUCUUGAGAGACCUACUUCGAUCUGAGGAACUUUCUCAUGUCUUCGGGCAGUCUGUGAUGCAUGUCCUGCAAAUCUUCAUUGGCUCUCCGUGUGGUCUCAACCUGCGUAAUGUCUUGUGGCAUGGGUUUGCAUCACCUCAAGAAAUUCCUCCAAAAUACUGUUCCACGAUGAUAUUGUUGACAGCAGGAUUGGGUCAGUUACUAAAGAGUUACCUUCAACACAGUAAGCUUACAUUGGCACAUCGAUCUUUCAUAACUCUUACAAGCCUAGAGGAUUUGCUUGUUUUUCCUGAUGUGACUCAUGAGAUACUUUCAGUAUUAGAAGAGGUGAUGAUGAAAUCUACUUUUAUAUUAAAAAUCAUGUUACCAUAUUGGGAAAUUGCACUGAUCAAGUUCAAGUCACACAGGUUUGCUGACUGUGCCAUAUUGUUACUGGCACAGCUAGAGACUGGACUUAGGAAAGUGUUUGCUACAGUUAACAAAUGUCCAAAAAGACUCUUGACUGCUGAGUCAACAGCUCUCUAUACCACCUUUGAUGAGAUACUGGGAAAACACCUGAAUGAUGGUACACUCAAUCAACUUCCUCUGUUCCUAGGAGAGCCUGUUAUGGAGUUUCUCUGGGAUUUCCUGAACCAUCAGGAGGGUCCUCGAAUAAGAGAUCAUUUAAGCCAUGGGGAGAUCAACUUUCAUGAAUUUCCAAAAGAAGCAACAAAUCAGUUGCUUGCAUUUUCCAUUGUACUUUUACUCAGAUUCAUUGAUGAAGAUCUGUUGUCAGUUUUUAAGGAAAAAGCAGCAGUAAGGGUGUUAACUAGCCUUGCAGAAGGCUACCAGUCUCGGUGCCAUCCAGCUGCUCAACUUAAGAAGCAGGUGGUGAGCUGUGAGAAAAGACUCGGGGCAUGGCCUCUGCUGCCUCUGCCAGCAGAACUUGAAUGGGAAGCAGCCAGGUUGGAGGAUAACUCUGAAAUCAGUGCCUGCCACUCUCUAAUUACUCAGAUCAUGGAGGGGCUGCAUCACCACACACCUCAGCAUCAUUGUGUUUCCUGUGACUUGGACCAGCUUCCCACUGAGGCGUGGUCCCCGCUGCUCCAUGAGCUCUGCAGCAUACCCGUCCCCACGCUGUACUGCCCCAGAGUCGUUCUGGAAGUGCUGGUUGUGCUCCGAAGCAUCACCACACAGUGCCACCGUGUGUCCAGCCAGGUCAUUGCCACUGCAGAGCUGAGACACAGGCAGUGGGUGGAAAAGACACUGCGGUCACGCCAGCGACAGAACUAUCUACGCAUGCUGAGGAGUAUCAAGUUUCUGUCUCCUGUGCUUUACCUGGUUCUCGUACUCAUUGCACUGGAAUUGGUCAACAUUCACGUAGUUUGUGGAAAAAGUGCUUAUGAAUAUCAGCAGUAUCUAAAAUUCUUAAAGUCCAUCUUGCAGUAUACUGAGAACCUGGUGGCUUACACCAGUCAAGAAAAGAACAAAUGGAAUGAAACUAUCACUCUUACACACACAGCUUUGUCGAAAAUUUGGACUUUCAGCGAGAAGAAACAAAUGUUAAUACAUUCAACCAAGAAAUGCAUAAGUAAAGAAGUCUUAUGAAAAUA